UUGGGCCUGUUUACUUUCUGCACCUGUGGAAGAAGAGUUGAUCAAAUCGCCGUGAUUGGAUUAAGGUCUUAGACAAACACAAUCACGGUUCACAGGCUAUCGCAAUCUUUACCUGCUGUGAGGUUGCCGAGCUGGCCCCGCUGCCUUCAUACAUAUUGCACCUUGUCUGAUAGUAUUCAAUGGUCUUGCAAGACUGAAAGCGUCGUCCCUGUUAACGUUUGCAGUGAGGGAUAGACUGUGUGUCCAACACUCCCAACGGAAUGGAGAAAAGUGCCGAGUGGUACUGAUUGGCUACUCGAUACUAUCACCUACUGAAGUAUCAUGAAGGAUAUACAUGUAGGUAGACACCUGAUACUGAUCUGUAUCGCCUUGCUCCAAAUGAACGCACUGUUCGCACCUGAAGCAAGUUCAUUUCUUUUGCCGCAGUGCGACAACCAAUGUGCCAAGACUUGUAAAGUGUCCGGCACAUCAUGGCACAUGAAGUGCGGCUGGUCUACAGUUGCUACCUUCUCCAAGGACGGCCAGUCCAUUACCAACACGUCAGCACUAACAGCAUCCGGCAUGACAAUCAGGAGAAAAGUCAGGCACGAUGGUGACUUACAAAUAUUGGAGGUUCUGAACCUGCAAGCCAGUACUCACAGUGGCGAAUAUCGCUGUCGGGGAGUGAAUGAACUGCGAACACUGUUUUGGACAAGAUGCGAGUGUCUAGUGGUCACAUCGGGUCAGCAGGAACAGCAACAAUGUCUGCAGGCGAUACGUCCAAAGAUCUCUCCACCGGGGCCUCGCAACGUGAGAGGUUUUGAAGGUCAACCCAGCCUAGUGUUGGAUUGCUUUUCUACAGGCGGGGCUACUCACUUACGUCGAUGGCUCUUCAACAGCUCACCUAUCUCCAGCGCUAGCCAGUGGAGCCCCACCUACGUCCUGCGGAACGUGACAAGAAGCAUGGCCGGCCAGUACACCUGUGAGCUGCUGGAGAAGCAUAGACGAGAAUACUAUGACAGAGUAGAUUACUUCGUCACAAUACAGCAAGACACCCGAAAGAGAAACAUCAACAAAGUCAUAAACGAGACAUCGCUCGUGACGAGGAGGCUGACGUGUCCCUACGCCACAAUGCCUUGGGCGCUGAAUCAAUCUGUCCAGUGGUCUCAGGACGGAACGCCGCUAAACUCCAGCACAAUCGGAGUAUUCUUUGCGCGGACAAGCGUGAUCAUCGUAGAUUUACGACUCCUGGAUUUCGCCCGGAGAACAACAAUCUCAUGCAGAAUGUCCGAGACCAACGUCGAGGCGCUCUUCAAUAUUAUAAUGGUUCCUCCGGAUGCACCAAGGAAGCCUCACGCGCGGCCAGGGAACAAAAUCGUGGCCAUCCAGCAAGACCACGAGCCGACAACGAAACUAAUCGUAAUCAGCACGUUCCGUCAAGGUCGCAUGAGCAUGGCGAUGGCGACAUGUAAGCGUCCACUUCACCACCUGUGACCACCACCACCAUUGCGCUCUGCGGCCGACCAUGUUCAUUCUCCGUUUACAUGUAAAAAUAAAGUAAAGGUACAACACGCUGUCUGAACAGUGACUAGGGGUAAUAAAAUAUCCACACUUCCUACGGCUGACUCCAUCAGCCUCUAAUUCUGAGGAGGAUGAGCAGGUCUAUAUUACUGUGAUACAGAUUUCAUUACAGCUGUCCCUGUUACCGAGGUGGUAGAUACAUUGUGUAUGGCUCUUAGGCAGGAAGGAAUCUACCUGUAUGUGCUGAAAGUCCAGCAUUUUUACGUCAUGUUCCACACGUGACAUUCACGCGUAAUUAGUAGACAUGAUGUGAGAGGUGACAUCCGUACUUAUUGCAUACUACCCUCUCUAUUGGUCGCUUUCGAUGAGCCUGACUCUCAUAAAACACUGCACGCCAGUUGAUAUCUGGAGUACGUAAGCACGGUGUGUUCCAGUACGGCAGUAGUGAUGAAGGCCUCCGCGAGGGCAGUAGGGAGACUUGCCGGAGUGUACUUUCAGCAGACCGUUUUGUCUUUUACGUAUUAAAAAGUUCAGGAAUCCACCACCUAUUAUCCUUUAUCUGCUGAGAAGCUUGAAGCUAAACAGGGCAGUCAAAUUUCCUGACUGUGCCUGGUAAUGCCAUAAGAAAUCCCUUACUAUUAGUGACAAGUAGCUAGAUUAUAUUUUUGCUGCUGUAUUCAAAUUUACUGUCCGGGUGGCACUGAAGCUCGUGUUGCUGCAUGAGGGAAAUCAGGGCGCACUUCCCAGCUCGUUUUCGUCGUGCACUUGACUUCGGAUCAAUUGUGAGCGUGUUUUGCUCAAAACUUCUCCAAAACACAUGUGCGGGUAACUAUACGGACCAGCUGGAAUGAAUGAACCAAUCCGUGUGUAUAUUCGAGCACUGCACGCAAACAGACCGCUCUUGCUGUGCAUUUGUCACUGAGAAAAUAAAUGCAGUGAUUUUCCACAGACCUUUACCACCUGACACAGCACAUACACAUACUUUGCACACACACCGCUGUCAUAUACAUAGAUCGCCUUUAGCAUUCCCACACUUGGAAGUGUUCUUGUACGUGCUGUGAUAGUCUUACUAGUCCUCUUUCUUCUGUUUAGGUCACCUUACAGGUGAUGAUUGUAAACUUUAGUGUUAGUUGUCUUGCCUUCUUGCCAAAUUGUGUCUGUGUGUAUGUGUGAGUUCUCAUCUUUCGUUCUGUUUAGGUCACCUUACAAGUGAUGAUUGUUAAGUUUGCUGGCCUUGCCAAUUGUGUCACCAUGAUGUGUUAGUUCUAGAACAUUCAUCUGCCUGCAUAACUCGUCUUUAUAUUUCGUAUUUUUGCCUCCCCUACCUCAAUGCCCUGAUGAUGGCCAAUGGGCGAAAUAUUGGCAAAGUUGUUUAUUUGGU